GGUAAUCCAAACAUCGACGAAGCAACACUCAGCUAUUUAUCGAUAACAAAUCCGUAAUAUCUAAUCGAUUCAUCACCGGCAUGGCCGCUCAGAAGAUCAACGAAGCCCAUGAGCACAUAGCUAAAGCGGAAAAAUGCUUAAAGACAAGUCUGACAAAGUGGAAGCCUGAUUUUGACAGUGCUGCAUCAGAAUACGCCAAAGCAGCUGUGUGCUUCAAGAAUGCCAAGCAGUAUGACCAAGCAAAGGAUGCUUACCUGAAGGAGGCUGAGUACCACACAGAGAACAAAGCGCUUUUUCAUGCUGCAAAGGCGAUUGAGCAGGCAGGUAUGAUGAUGAAGGAACAAAAGAAAAUGCCGGAAGCCAUCCAGUACAUAGAGAAAGCCUGCAUGAUGUACAUGGAGAAUGGGACUCCUGACACUGCUGCCAUGGCUCUGGACCGGGCUGGAAAACUGAUAGAGCCCAUAAACCUGGAGAAAGCUGUGGACUUGUAUCAGAAGGCAGCGGGUGUAUUUGAGAACGAGGACCGCCUGCGUCAGGCAGUUGAGCUGCUGGGAAAAGCCUCCAGACUUCUGGUCAGGUUAAAAAGGCUGGAUGAAGCAGCCGUCGCCCUGCAGAAAGAGAAGAACAUGUACAAAGAGAUCGAGAACUUCCCAAUGUGCUUCAAGAAAACAACUGCUCAAGUGCUGAUUCAUCUCCACAGAGGCGACUACGUAGCAGCUGAUAAAUGUGUCAGAGAAAGUUACAGUCUGCCCGGCUACAGCGGGAGCGAAGAUUGCGUCGCCAUGGAGACGCUACUGCAGGGCUACGACGAGCAGGACGAGGACCAGGUGUAUCGCGUGUGCAACUCACCUCUACUGAAGUACAUGGACAACGACUACGCCAAACUGGCCAUCUCCCUGCGGGUACCUGGAGGAGGAGGCAAGAAGAAGAAGGCUGCUGCUGCUCCACAAGGUGGCGCUAGCGGGGCGCCGGCCGCCGCCGAGGACGAGGACGACUACGAGGGCGGGUUGUGUUAGCCUCCAGCCUCCGUCAGAGCGCCGACUCUCCCCCCAUCUGCUGCCUCCACUACACCCUCUGUGUGCGAGUUAAAACCCUCUGAGCUCUGAAGCCCCGACCGGCGGCUGUUUGAUCUCUGUAGAGCGAAAAAAUACAAAAAUACCAACAAAAAGUGAAAAUAAAACCAUCCCCAACAGUUACAGUAGGUGUUGCAGAAGAGUCGACCUGAGUGUAACCAGCCUUUUAAUUAGUUUUUUUGAGGUGGAUCCUCGGCCUGUCGUAUGAACGUGUUCUAUUGUUUCUCGUCUCUGUGAAGCUGUACAUUUUGCUGUUAUUGUUUGUGGGUAUAGAAUAUUAUAGGUAUAUACAAAUGUUGAAAUAAGAUUCAGAAAUACUCUAAAUAUGACCUGAUCAGUGUAUAGGUGUUUAUUUGUACAGAGGUAAUUUAUUCAGUAUUCAGGGCUGCAGCCUGUUUGAAAAUGUUACUGGAGCAAUAUGCAAUCAGAUUGUUAAUGCAUGUCUGGAUUAAUGAAAUGGUUAAAUAAAAUCAAGCAAAUUUGUCAAUAUUAAUGCUUAAGAAUGAUUCCUCAGCUUAUUCAGUCCAUCCUGGAGCAUUUAAAAAAGACAACACGACGCAGCUUGUAGCCAAUCGUAGACUGUUUCCCUUCGUCUACCUCGAGGUGUGUGCUACCUUUAAAAUAAAAAAUAAUCAUGGCUGUGUCUUUAUUUCCAACUUCCACAGUUCAAUCCUCGAAUUCAAUAACAAAAAGGGACCAUGCAGUGAGAGUUUACGUGCAGUUCCCCCCUGACUUCCUUGUUGAUGCUGCGUUUGUGUUUCUGUGACUCGCUAUGAGGAAAAACUUCAUUUAAAUGCCAAUUAAAUCUAAUAUCACUAAAGGUAAUAAGGGGGUUGUUUACAUUUCUUUUUUUUAUUUGUGCUGUUGCCCACUUCUUGUAUAUUCCUCAAAAGCAUAUCUCCAAACUUUGCACAUGCAUCAAUAAACAUUUCCGUUGUGUGGCA